ACAACUUCACUGGCAAGAGCUGCUAAGUACUUGGAAUGUUUUUUAGCAAUGCGGCAAAUGUCACGGUCGGAAAACAGCGGGUGAAUAAUAUCUAUAACAACAAUUGAUGUGGAGGAAAUAUAUCAGAACUGACUCGUCGAGGCUGCAAUCGUUCGAUGAAGUUCCUCUGAAACUAAAGUUAGAAGCGUACAGCAUUGUACAGACGAAUAUUCUGUAGACAAAAUGAACACUACAACACUUUUACAAUUCAAAGAAGAAAAAGCGUGUUUCAAGGUGGACAUUUUCCCGCUGUUCGUUUUUGCUUUCUUGGUCAACGUCCUCGCCCUCAUCUCUGUGUUCAAAGCAAAACCAAGAAUUUCAACGCCAACUUCAGCCAAGCAAAUUCACCUACUCAUUUGUUGUCUUGCUGUUGCGGACACUGUAUCACUGGGUUUGCAAUGUGUGAUGCCUGUAGCUUCGUUCCUAAAUUGUGGCUGGUGGGGAGGUCGUAUUACUUGCGGUCUGUUUGGUUACAACAACGCCAUUUUGAUUUUGUGGUCAGCCUGGAUUGUGUCACUAUUGAGCUUUCAAAGAUUUUUUGUAACCGCGUUUCCAUUUCAGCAUCAACGCAGUUUCACGACGAAGAAAAUCAAAACUGCUGUGAUCUUUAUUUUCUUUAUGCUUUGCUGUUUCUUCACGCCGCCAUUUUUCGGCGUAGGAGAGUUUGUUUACUACGACACAGGUCAGUUUUGCAGCUUGAGUUUAACACCAACGGGAAAAUCAGAUACGAUUUUUCUUGGAAUACUCGUCACACAAGGUGUCAUUUGCGUGUCAGCAGUCCUCCUUUUCAAUGUACACGUUGUAGAAUCGUUAAAAUCAAGGAGAACACCAUUUCAUGGAAGCACAAGACGAGCUAUGGAAGACUCGACAGCUACUUUCGUGUCAUUGACAAAAGCUGUGGCUUUCGUGUUCUGUCUGUGCAACAUUCCCUUUUUGAUACGUAUAGCAGUGGACUUAUGUAAACAGACUUCCCACGAAGACCUCGGCUUGGAACAUACCCUGACAAUGGCCUUGAUGUUCUUAAACACUUUGGCAAAUCCUUUUGUCUACGUCGCCUGUCGGAGACGCUACAGGCAGAGCCUUUUAAGACUUUUGUGUUUUGGUCAGCGGAAGGACUUAACUCGGGUGUCCGUUUAUUUCUGAGGGCACAGGAACACCAAAAUCUUGCCACUACCCUCCUAAAAGUAACCAAUCAGCGCCGCGUAACAGUUUGACUCGAAUGUUCAUUUUUGAGGGCACAGGAACACCAAAAUCUAUCCCCCACUUUGAGAUGUCAGAUAGAGACUACUGUUUUGUAACAAAUAAGACUUUUAACCAUCUUCUUCCUGAUAGUGCCCAAUCAGUAAUUUCGCUUAUG